UUUGACGUUUGUAUCUUAACCUACACAGUUCAUUUGUUUCAUCCAAAUUUUGCCCAAAAUCUUUUAUUUAAUAAUAUUCGUGAAGUUAAGCGUCUUCUGUUAUUUUUUGUAUCGAUUGAAAUAUAUCUCAGUAAACAAGUCCAGAAUACAGCAACCCAAUAAAAUGGAUACAAGUAUAAUAAACGAAGAGAAUACUGGUGAAGGUAAAACGUUUGCUCAGAAACAGGCAGAACGUUUGAAGAAACUAAGAGAUCUUCACAGAUUAAGGAACGAGGCACGUAGUCAUAACCACCAGGAAGUUAUAGCAGAAGAUGCAAGGAAUAAAUUACCAUCGAAUUGGGAGAACCGAAAACGUAAAGCAGAGUGGAUAUUAAAUGACCAGAAAGAAAGAGAAGAGGCCGCUAAAAAGGGCGAAGAUUAUGAUAGAGUAAAACUAUUAAAUGUUUCUGCUGUGGAAGCUGAAAGGUUGGAGAAGUUGAAAAAGAAGAAGAACCCCGACCAAGGUUUCUCAGAUUUUGAAGCAGCAGCUGUUCGGCAAUAUAACAGAUUAAUUAAGGGAUUGGCUCCCAAAGAUAUGGAGGUUUAUGAAGAACAAAAGGCUAAAUAUGGAGAUGCAUUUUAUGCUGGUCUGAAUACAAUUGUGCAUGGCCUGCAUAAGGAUAGACCCGCAGCAGUUGACAAUCUUGUAAAGAGCGUAGAAGAACAGAUCGCGAAACGAAGUAAAUAUUCCAGGAGACGUAUACAUAAUGACGAUGCUGAUAUUGACUAUAUCAAUGAAAGGAAUGCCAAAUUUAAUAAGAAAAUGGACAGAUUUUAUGGUGAACAUACCGCGGAGAUUAAGCAGAAUCUUGAGAGAGGGACUGCAGUGUAAAAUAUUUAUAUUAGAAUUACCUAUUAAGGUCGGAUUAGGAAGAUUUAUAAGAAAAAAAACAUAUAUUGUGCUCUGUUGUAAUAGUAAAGCAACCAAUUGAAUCUACCAUAAUAGUAAUGUGUGAAAAAGAUUACUAUAUUAGUUUGUUACUUGGAUUUAAAUUUAGUUGUAAAUAUAAAUGAUAAUGAAUUGACAGUAAAUAUUUUUUUAUUUUUUUCUUCUAAAGCAGUAUUUUCCAAACUUUUUGAAAUUAAAAAUUCAAAUUGUACUUGUGUGCAUUAUAAACAAUUAACUUUGAAGUUUUCAUCGAGAAAUCAUUGGGGCAUUGUGAUGUAGAAGAUCCAAGCAUUGGUGAGCAGAGGCAGCUUUAACCAUUGCGAGGCCCCGGGCGGCAGACCUUUGUGAGGCCCUUGUUCUUUGUGAAAUGUACAUAAAUCGAAUUUCGGACGAUUUAAGAGAAAUGCAAAAGUAAUUUUUGAGUUUUAAAAUAUUAAGGGGUUUUUAAAAUUUAACACAUACAAAGACGACAAAUUUUUAAUAAUGAUAAAAAAGAGG